GUCUCCCCUGUCAAAUCUUAACUUAUGUUUACUUCCGUACAAAAUGAAAAUGCAGAAAUAAACUGUAAACAGUAGCAAUUGCUGUUCUUACUUGUGCACGAAGCGAAAAACAUCUAGAAUGUCGCUGACGCUUGAGGAAUUAAAACAGGAUCCGUUCGAUACCCAUGAGUUUGUUGAGCGGCUGGCAUGGCGCACAAUGGGCACCAAGGCACGCAGCCAGCAUGACGAGUUUGAUCCGAUGUUGCUGUUGGGGGCCUUUGAGAAGAUGAUCAGUGAACUGAAGGUGAUGAACAAGAAGGUACAGGCGGGCAUUGACAAGCUGGAGGUCGAUUGUAAGGAUGAGGAGAGGAAACUCUGGUCACGCAUUGGCGACCUGCAGAGGAAUAAUCAGGCUGCCAAUUCAAACUUUGAGGGCCUGGCAGAGCGUAUCAACGUGGUUGCUACGAAGGUAGUUCACCUAGGAGACCAGCUGGAGGGUGUCAACACCCCAAGGGCUCGGGCAGUUGAGGCUCAGAAACUAAUGAACUACCUCUCAGAGUUCCUUACAGACGAACCUCCAAAAUCAGCCAUAUUUACGGACCCCUUUCAGUUGCAACUUGCUGCUGAAAUAAUACAAAAGCUGCACAUGAUUGCUUUAGAACUUCCAAGUAAUGAAAAGUUUUCAAAAGCAAGAAAAAAGAUAGCAGAUAAGUAUGACCAGAUCGAGAAUGAACUCAUAGAAGAGUUCCGUAUAGCACACCACUCUGGGGACAAGCGCAAGAUGAAGAGGUGUGCCUCUGUUCUCUCCAACUUCAAGGGUCUUGGAAGAUGCAUUGACACGUUCAUCGAAGAAACACAAAAGGGAAAGUUCUUAAGUGCAGACCCAUUUAGUGAGGUGUUACCCUUGUGUACCCGUAGCAACGAGCUCAUACAGGAAGUGUUCACCAACCCGGAGGCUGUGAUGGGGAAGUUGGUACAGAACAUAUACAUAACAAAACUGCAGGUUUGUAUACAGAAUAAAUUGAACAAGAAAGACGACCCAGAGCAAUACCUAAAGGACUUCCAUGAUAUUUAUACCAGGACCACAAAGCUGUCAAGCGAAUUGGCGCAAUUCAAGAUUGGCACUGACAGCUCAUCAGCUGCUAAAUUGACCAAGACCAUCUUUCAGAAUCACCUUGACAACUAUAUCAGUUUUGAGAUCAAAUACCUGAACGAGAGAUGUGGGGCCAUUCUACAGAGGUACUAUGAGGGGAAGGACCACCACAAGAAGCAGAUACAGUCUGGAGGGCUGUCAGAGCUGCGUAGCCACCUGCAGGCCAAGAUGGCUACCGUGAACAUGAACAUCAACAUCGGCCCCACGGUGGAGAACUAUGGAGGAGAGACAUUCCUGUCACAGGAGGUCUCCAUCAACAUCCUGCAGGAGACAAAACUGGCCUUCAAACGAUGCCAGCAAUUGUCAGUUAGUUCGGAUGUUUCUGGCAAUGCUGUAAAGAUUCUAGAUAUUCUGAUAAAGUAUCUGGUGGUAGAACACAUUGACUACGCUGUGGAGGUGGGCUUACAAGGCAUUCCUGUUGGGGAGCCCAAGACCCCGCCUCAGAUCUACUUUUUUGACACGGUCCAGCAGGCAAACACCCUAUUCCACUUGUUUGAGAAGCAGUUCAUGGACAGUGCUGUGCCGCUGUUAAUUAUUAAAGGAAACGAACCACCUAAAGCUGUAGCCAAAAACGGACAGGGAAAGGAAAAAGCGUCAACACCACUGUAUGCAGAUUGCCUGCACAAGAAGCGUGACCUGCGUGAGCACCUUGAGGCCAAGAUCGACACCGGCCUUGACCGUGCAGUGACCUCAAUCUGUGGCUGGGUUCGAAACAUCCUGUCCACUGAGCAGAAGAAGAAUGACUUCAAGCCUGAUGAUGACUCUGUGCUGGCACAGAUGGGUACACAGGCCUCAGCAAAGGUGGUGAAGUUCGUCACCCAACAGCACCAGACGGUGAGAAACAAUAUGGAUGGCAAGAAUGUGGAGGCCGUGCUUCUGGAGCUGGGGACCAGGCUGCACAGGAUCAUCUAUGACCAUCUGUGCCAGUUCACCUACAACUCUCUAGGCGCUAUGCUCGUGAUAUGUGAUGUCAAUGAGUACCGUAAAUGUGUGAAGGAGUUUGGACUUCCACUGAUCUCCCAGCUCUUUGAGAAGCUGCAUGCACUCUGUAACCUGCUAGUGGUGGUACCUGAGAACCUGAAGCAAGUCUGUGGAGGAGAACAACUGGCAGGAUUGGACAAGAGCGUGUUACUCUCAUUCGUACAGUUACGAUCGGAUUACAAAACGGCAAAACUAGCAACGCUAAUGAAAUGAAACUUUUGUGUAGGUUUGUAAAGAUUGUUAUAACGAGAUAUUCAGAUUUCUUUUGUGCUAUUAGGCAAUGCUUAUAUGUGUUAGGUAUAUUGAGUUUUGGUGUAUAUACCAUAUAAGAUGUGCUGUGAUUCUGAACGUUAUUAUGGAAUGCUUUAUUCACACAUGUGAUCAGAGCUUUGACAAUAUGUUUGCCAUGUUUAAUUUGUUAGCACUUUUAUAUGCAGUUGAAAAAGACAUUAAUCUUGGAAUAAACUGUUUGUUUUUUCAACAACAUAAUUUGCAGUUUUCCCUGUCGUAUUUACCGGUAUUAAUUUUGACAAAUUUAAUUCUAUACAUUUUUAUGUAUAACUGGAUUGUAUAAAUUGAAUUUACUACAAAUCAGGCUGUUAAAUUGGACUUUUUUUUCAACAAAAUACAUAAAAAAUGAAACUGUAUAUGGAAACUUAAAGACAGUAUAGAAAUUCAGUUGCAAUGGUAAAAAAUACAAAAACUGUAAAUUUAAGUCUUAUUAAGAGUAUUGACAGAAUAUUACAAAAAAUAUUUAGAAUAUUAAAUGAUCAGUUUUGAUUAGGAAAAUCACCAAAAUGACAUCCAUUCCAAGUUUGAGGUCUCAUUCCAAUUUCUUAUAAUACAGUGGUUGUUGAUGAGUUUUAUGUUGGAUACAUAAUAAAUGAAGUAAAAAUUGAAUGCUUCAUAUGAAUCUUUGCAGAUUUCAAGAAGGAAAUAUCAAUACUCCAAUAUUUAAUAGGGAGCUUAUUUGUAAAUUGGAAUUCCUCAAGUUUGUUGAUAUAUCCUGGAUCAUGAGCUGUAUUCAUUGUAUUAAACAAACUUGCCACGUGCAAUAUUAGAUUUAUUAGUUGUUUAAGUUAUAGCAAGACUUGCAUGCUUAUGUUGUAUAAAUGGUUUGCCAUAUAAAUAAAUAUUGAUAACAGUA